UGACAAGCCAUAGCCACAAAAUCUAAAAUGAGGUACUCGGGCUUGCAGAAAGAAGUGCUGGCGUUAUACCGGAAAUGUCUAAGGGAAAGUAGAAAGAAGCCCAUUGUAAGUUACUAAUAUGGCAUGCAUCGUGAAUAUAUUUUGACAUCCGCCUUAGGAUACAAGAUCUCACUUCGAGUCUUAUGCGAGGUAUGUUUUGAUGUGUAGCCAUAUACAAGUCUAGGGCUUGUACUGAUAUAGUUGUAGGGCUGAGUUUCAAAAGAGCCUUGCCCUCGAUAAGAAGGAUUUUGCUGCCAUCGAAUAUUUGAUGAGAAAAGGCCAACGGCAAUUGGAGAUGUAUUCUUCGCCAGGAAUAAAGGAUAUCAGAUGA